AUGGCUGUAUUUUCUGCGUUUCAAGCUAUGCGGUUAAUUCUCCUUGUCUCUGUCCUUUAUGAUGCUGUUGGAAAGAGUUGUCGCUCCUCUUUUUCCUGCAUUAAAGAUCAGGUUUGUUGCGAUCAUAAAUGUAUUUACGGAUCGGAUUGUUUAGGUUCACUCUGCGCUCUUGAUUCGGACUGUUCCGUCGGUCAAAGUUGCUGCAGCAAUAAAUGCAAACAUGGCCUUCACUGCGUCGGAUCUCGCUGCUCUGAGAGCAAUGACUGUGGAGUUUACGAGUCUUGCUGUUUUGGAACAUGUUCGUAUGAUGUAGAUUGUAAACUCUACCGCACUAUAGAACUAGUCGGUAUAAUAUGUGGUGCAACGAUGCUCCUUUGUGUGGUCUUUGUUUGUGUUUUCUGGGCUUACCACCGACGCCACACAGAGGUUCGUCCAACUCUGAACAGUAACACAAGCUUUGUGCCACAGGCAAACCAAGCACAGCCAUACCACGCAAGAUACCUGGAUAACCCCCUUCGUCAGUAUCAGAUGCCCAGUCCCCCUCCACCAUACAGCCCUGGAACAACAUCAGUGAGUGAACAUCAUCCCUACUCCAUUGCCGCGAGAGCAGAGCCGGGGACAUCAGAUGGAGAAGAACGCUGAUGUUAUAUCACACUGGGCAUUACAAACUGCAUCAGGACAAGGCCAGGCUGUCUAAAACAAAUUAUUAGUAGAAACCGGGUCAGCUAUCAGACCUGUAGAAUCGCAAGUUACUGUAAGUUGUCAGUAACCAACUCCCUGAUGCCCAUGCAACGGCGUUUUCACAUACCAAUUACCGUGACCGUUACAGAAAAUAAAACUGAAACCUUGUUCAGUUUUCCUCAAAUAUCGUUUAACCCUAAGUCAAAUGAAUGUUAGCAGAUUCACACGUUUAUUGCUACUUCACUAGUCUGUGGUAAUCGAACAUGUCAAUUAUGUCGAAGUUUCUAAUGAAGUGAUACGUGUAUUAACACAAGUGACAGGGCAACGGUUGGAACUUUUUUUACAUUAAAUGUUGCGUAAAUGAUACUGCCACAAUUGCAGUACACUAGCAUCGCAGUUUGUGAGCAGAGGCCGUUUCUAGUCUCUCUGUUCGAGCAGCGUGAACUCCGACCCUAGCGGUUGCGAAGACGACUACCCAAUUGUAACCUCGCUACCCAUCACUCGAAAACUUGUAACAAUGAUUCUCCUUAUCUUCAUCGCGUGGCCCGGUGCAUGGUGGAUGUAGCUACAAAAGAACUACGACUACAUGACAGGAUUUAGGGUAAAAAAAAAAUCGAUUACCCCAGUUACGUUUAUUUGGAUACUUGACAUACCGUAUUUAUUCGAAUAAGCGCUCAACCUCGAAUUAGCGCUCACCUCGAAUAAGCGCCCAUGCUAAAGGCACAAAAAGUUAAUAAGCGCCCAGCCUCGAAUAAGCGCCCACCCCACCCCAUUCCCUCCCACAAAAAUUCCAAUAAGAGAUAAUAAGAGACCCUCCCGAAGACGGAGUUUUCUUCUGAGUAUUUUACAGAAACCUUGCUUUGCUACAUCUUCGCUUUUUGUUAGUACCAUUUACUGUUUUGCUGUAAAAUAUACUACUACACUUGCUGAGAAUGGUGAAAAUUUAAUAAGCGCCUAGCCUCGAAUAAACGCCCACCUCGAAUAAGCGCCCACUCUCAAGGUCCAAAAUUUAAUAAGCGCCCAGGGCGUUUAAUCGAAUAAAUACGGUAACGAGUGAUUAAAUUACACAAUUUAGCUAUGUGAUCAUUUCAGAAAGAGAAAAUGAAUUCCAAUAUUAACUUUAAACUGAUCGUCCUAUACACAAUUUAUGAACUCUUCGAGUACUUCUUCAAGACGAAUAUCUGUUACAGUAGUGGUGAAUCUCGUCUUGGCUUGCGUGACUUUUUUCUUCUUCCGGCCUUGCACACGUAGAAUGACGUCAUAGCGUAACUCGUGAUCCGCAUUUUUAAGAUUUCCGGGAAUCGUUGCGCCAUUUAUGUACGUAUACGUGGUUAUCCAUUCACCGGAACGAAAUCGGAAAAAACGGGGAAGAAAAAGUGUAGAGAGUUAUGGCUACCUUCCAAGGGUUUCAAGCUUUGUUUUCUGUGCUCGUUUUAUAUUCCUGGGUUGUAGUGAGUUCGACUAAUCCGAGUUGGUGCACUCAAACCAGUUAUUCCUGCGAUACUAACUACGUAUGUUGCAAUAACCAAUGUGUUCCGGGAUCAAACUGCUAUGAUCGAUAUUGCACCUUCGACUCCGAUUGUUCAGUCGGUGAAAGCUGUUGUAAUAGUCAGUGCAAUGAUGGCUAUAACUGUAUUGGACAGUCUUGUUCUGUAAACUCUGAGUGUGGAUCAUUCGAGUACUGUUGUGACGGAACAUGUUCAUAUGAUUCAUGUUACGAUGCCACUGCCGUAAUACUUGGUUCUAUUUUCGGUACGAUUUUCAUCUUUGGCGUUUUCUCCGUAUGCAUUUACUACGCUUGCAGAAGGCGUCGAGUUCACCAUGGAAGAGUGAUUGUAGGACAGAGAGUUACAACAGCGACCGUGAGGACAACAACAACUACACCGCAGCCUUACCCACCCUAUGUGGGGCAGAUACCUCCACCCCACCAACAAGGCUACCAAUACUACCCCCCACCUCAGUAUGAACAACAUCAGACGGCCAUUCCUCCACCAUACAACCCUGGGACAACUGCAACAAAUGAUCAACCUCCCCCUUAUAGUGCAGCAACACAGGGUAGAUCAGGAGGGGUUUACACUCCUAAACCAUCAUAUGGGGCAGUGCAAACAGCGUCAGCUCCGCCGCCUGUCUAG